CUUUAAACCUUUCCUUCUUUCCCUUCCUUCCCUUCGUUGUUCGAUCCAUCCUCUAAUGGAGAUUGCUACUGUUUUUCGAUCUUUUCAUGCCUCUAUCAAAUAAUGCUUUCAGAAAAGAGGCAUUUUUCAAAGUUCUUUCUGUCAGCCAUGGACUUGUAGCCUCAAAAGUGAACCAUGGAGUAUCCUUCCUACCAUGUGUUAAAGCCUCUGAAGCUGCAUUGGCAAUGGCAUCAAAUGUUGGAAUUGUGAAUGAUGUCUUAAAGAGGUUUUUACUCAAGUAUAACAAGCAGUGGAAUACCAAAGUGGCACAUAACCUAGUGGGGAAGACUUCAAGGGAAGCUGCUACCAUUUUCUUGCAAGAUUAUGGACUCCCUCUGAGUGUUAAAGAAUUAAUGGAUAUGAUUACCCGGUUGUUCUCUGACCAGUGGUACAACAUUAAAGCUUUUCCAUGUGCCAAUCGGUUGAUAAAGCAUUUGAGUAGUAAUGGGGUUCCAAUGGCUUUGGCUUCAAACCCACCAAAAUUGAACAUGGAAGGCAAAAUUUCUGACCACCAUGGAUGGAAAGAGUCCUUUUUAGCCAUUGUUGGUGGAGAUGACGUUAUAAAUGGAAAGCAAUCACCUGAUAUAUUUCCUAAAGCUGCUAAAAGGAUUAACACUGAACCAUCAAACUACCUAGUGAUUGAAGACUCACUGUAAACGACCCGGCUUGACUACCAAUACUCCGCGUGAGCUGCCUAGAAAGCCUACAGC